AAUUGUAUAAAAUUAGUAAGUGGUCAAUUGUGAAUAUUUGGUACAUUCCAAAUUAAAAAUAGUUCUAUAUAGACGGAAACGAGGGAUCACUAUUUAUUGUACUUUUGGAACCAUACCAUUUAAGAGUCAAAGACGCUUCCAAAGUCUCACCAUACCAAAUCCCAUUUGCUGAUCUGUCCUCCAUUGCCGUUAUUAUCAUCAAUAAAGAGAUAUUAUUAAGAAGUUGAUAUGGAAGUAUACCCAUCUCCAGUAGUUGCACGUAAUCCUAAAGGUGGCGCAAUGAUCAGCGCCGUGAAGAACCGCCGGCAUGUGGUGGCCGUUGACGACGACGACGACGACGCCGGCGACCAAAUCGAGUGCACCGGAAAAUCCUGUAAGUCAUGUACAGUUGGAGUGGUGGCAGAUUGCGUGGCAUUAUGUUGCUGUCCUUGUGCAGUAAUAAGUAUUUUAGGUCUGGCAUUUUUCAAGAUUCCAUGGAUAAUGGGUAAAAAAAUCUUGGUUAAAGGGAAAAAGAAAAGCAGUAAAAAGUUGGAGAAAAAGAAGAAGAAAAAGAAGAAGGAAAUGGAGAAGAGUUACAGUUACCGUGACUGUGUGACGUAUGAACUGGACAGUAUUGAUGGAAUAUCAAGAAGAAUAAAAAUAUUUGAAGAUGAAGAAGAAGAAGAAGAAGCAGAAAAAGAAAGGACAAAAUGGGGAAUAGUAAUUGGAGAAGAAGAAGAGUUAAAAGAUAAAUUUAGUGGGAGAUUUAUUGAUGCAGAAGAGGUUUGGUUUGAGUUAUAUGAAUUUGGUCAUUUGGGUUUUGGUAGAGUUUCUUUCACUGGAAUCUCACCUUCUUCUACUAAUAAUAGGUCAUAAUUUUUUGGCCAAGUUUUAUCAUCAUUUCUGUAACCCAAAAAUUCCAUCAUUGUAUUGUGAAGGAGAGGAAGAGAGGUAAGCAAGAAUAUUACUACUACUAGGUUUCUUUGUUUUGUGAAUUAAUUGUACAGUUUAGUUCUAGUCGUAAUUUUAAUUAUUAUGACUUCUUGUGA